AUGGAAUCUACUGAUCCAAUUGGCGAAGCGUCUACUAUAAUUUUUCUUGAGAGUGCAUAUACAACGCCAGAGAAUGUUAUUGCAAUUGAUUCAGAACUCAAACGCAUUCGGCAUGGUCUGCGUGAAAAGGGGGCUUCUGAAAAG